AUGAAAUACGCCGGCUGUUGGGAUACCGAAGGUGGUACACUCAAAUUUCGUCCACCUACUGCCCCUUCAUCGGGCGAUCAUUUCGAAAUGGAUUAUGAAGUUGACUGUAUUCGAUCGGACGCGGCUGCUGUCUUUCAUAAUUCAGUGCCACAUCGUUUUCGACAAAUUCAUAAUUUGACAAAUGAAAAUCGUUAUCGGACAUUUUUAAAUUUUAUUAUCGUUGAUCUGUUAAAACCAAUUCCCAUGAACUCAUCAAGAGUCGGGAUGACACCAGCCAAUUUAAUUUUACAAAUACUCAUAGAAUAUAGUCCACAGUGGCUUGGUAGUAGAAGACAGUUGGAUGAAUUAGCUCUAGCAAAAGAUUAUGUCAUUUCUUCCAGAAGUAUGGAAACAAUAAAAGAAGCAAAAGAAAUUCGAGAACGUGUUCAGAAAUCAAUGGUUGAAGAUAAACAAGACUGGAGAUACAUUCAUUGGAGUAAUUGUGGAACUAUAGAGUUGUGA